AUGGGGAUUGUGGCCGAUCGUGACUGUCAGGGCGCUCCCAGACAGAAGAAAAAGCACAUGUGCAGAGUGACUCAUCCCCAAGGUCACCAUCGGCUCGACAUGUCCGGAAACUUUAAAUCCGACAGUUUGUGCAGUCAACCUACGUGGUUGUUUUGUGCGCAGGAGUACGAGCUCUCCCAUGCAGUAACAGUCACAAUGCGUCGCGUCGAGGUUUCAGUUGCGAUUAAGACCAGGCACAAGCGCAAACCGCACUUGAGCGUUGUUCGGAUCCGGACGUGGAUGCUUAAUCACCGCCGUUCUGACGCGGGGAGAUGGACUCUGAUUAUGAUCGGUCGUUUGGAUGGUCGGUACCGCUCGUUGGACGGUUGGCUAGGUCGAAAGGCCAAAGGCCACGCGGAGUGUACUGAAGGCGCAAGGCUCAAAGGUCAUCCUAUCUAUCAGCUAGCUAGUCAACAAUCCGACAAACUGGACCGAACAUCCAGCCUACCAGUCAUAAUCAGAGGCUACCCGCUGUAA